UCCCACGAGCAGCGAAAGCGAGAAUCAGCGCACGGAUGAGCACCUCCGAUACACGAAAGCCCACUGGCAAACAGUUUGAUUGCAUUUACAAGUUCAAGAACUCACAUUUGUCACAAUCGUUCAGUAGUGAAUCAGAUUCCCCGGGUGAUGGUGGAAUGCAGUUUGCGUGGAGAGUGCUAUACUAUAAAUUUACUAGCGUUUACUUCUCGGUUCAAAUAUUUGCCUAAGCAACGGAAUGGAAUAUCGAAAUGGAAAGGAAACUAGUGAGGUUUCGUGACCAGCGAAGCAGUGUUCUUCUAGUAAGCCGUCUGGAUACCGUUAUACACACAACAAUUAGCUACCAAGAAACGCCGCCAAAUGAAGAUGCGAGCAGUACGACAGCCAUGAAACAAACGGACGACAGUGAGCACCAGAAGUGGAGCAAUAGCAUCGAGUUCUUGCUGUCCUGUGUGGCGCUUUCCGUGGGAUUCGGAAAUGUUUGGAGAUUCCCUUAUACUGCGCUACAGAACGGAGGAGGUGCCUUUGUGAUACCGUACCUGAUUGUGUUGUUUGUAGUCGGAAGACCCAUCUACUAUUUGGAGAUGGUGAUGGGACAGUUCUCGAGCCGAGGAUGCGUCAAAGUAUUCGAUGUUUGUCCGCUGAUGCGGGGCAUAGGAGUCGGACAGACUAUCACGAUGUUCAUCAUUGUUGGAUAUUAUGCUGCGGUGCAAGCGCUGUCAGUUCGAUACUUUCUGGAUUCGUUCCGUAGUCCUUUGCCCUGGAGCGAAUGUGAACGUGACUGGUUGAAUUGCAUCGAUUCUAAAUUUACUGGACGAACGGCUGUUACUAACGGGACAGUGACUCCAUCAGCUGACUUGUACUUCACAAAGACAAUCAUGAAUCUAGUGCCAAACAUUGACAACGGAAUUGGGGUCCCGGACUGGAAAUUGGUCCUUUGCCUGCUAGCUUGCUGGAUCUGUAUUUUUGGACUUCUGGUCAAGGGAAUCAAGAGCUCGGGAAAAGCUACAUACGUACUGGCUAUUUUCCCUUACGUGAUUUUACUGAUGCUGCUCAUCCGUUCCUGUACUCUCACCGGUGCUCUCGACGGUAUCAAAUAUUUCGUGCAGCCCCAGUGGGAAAAACUACUGGAACCAGAUGUUUGGUACGCAGCAGUCAGUCAAUGUUUCUUCUCUUUGACCAUAGGACUAGGAGCAGUGAUCGUGUUUUCGUCAUUCAAUAACUUUUCCAGCAACAUUUAUCGCGAUGCAACGAUCAUAUCUAUUCUAGACACACUUACCUCAAUGGUCUCCGGCGUGAUUGUGUUCGGGAUCGUCGGAAAUUUAGCCUACGUUACACAGCGAGAGGUUCCGAAUGUAAUGAGUUCCGGACCGCAGCUGACCUUCAUCACCUAUCCGGAUGCCAUCGCUAAGAUGGACUUUGCGCCCAACUUUUUCGCCGUGAUGUUCUUCCUGAUGUUUAUCCUACUGGGAAUGGGCAGCAACAUGGGGAUCGUGACGACCAUCCUGACUGCAAUCCAAGAUCGAUAUCCGAAGGUGACGGUCUGGAAGGUUGUCUUGGUUAUUUCCACGGCUGCAUUCUGUUACGGCUGUGUGUAUCUCACUCCGGGCGGCUUGAUAAUAUUAGAUCUUGUGGAUUACUAUGGAGUUACGUUCGCCACCCUUACUUUAGUCAUCCUUGAAGUCAUCGCGUUUUGUUGGAUUUAUGGGGUGAACCGAAUCUGUAUUGACAUCCAGUUUAUGCUGGGAAUUAAAACUGGCAUUUUCUGGAAAGUUUGUUGGGGUUUCCUAACUCUAUUCCUCAUUGGAGCAAUUUUCGUACUGGAAGUAAUCAGAUACGAGUUGAAGAAUGUUCCAUUGGGAUACAAUGUGUUUGGAUGGUGUUUAUACAGCUUUUCAGUGCUGCAGGUCGUUGGCUGGGCAGUUUAUGCAGUUUUAAAACGACCGGAGAAACGAGUGCUAAACAAAUUUCUACGAGCGCUAGAGCCAACAGAUGACUGGGGACCUGACAGUGCAACCCUGAAACACGAUUAUAAUGUGACAGUUCGACGAUACAAGGAUUCUCUAAGCUUACGAAAUAAUAAUAUUGUAGAAAGAAUAUGUCUACGUCUUUUCAAACGAUAAACUAAUGUUUUACAUUACUAUGACUUGUGAACUUUGAGACAUGAAAACUUUUGGUUAAAUGAGCCUGGACUUUAACAAUAGGGAACUUUUAGGAAUGAAAACAUAAUUUCUGGAUUUUAAAGCUCUAUUUCGUACCUUAAUCACUGAAAUCAUAGAUUUAUUAGUGUAGAUUCUGCAUAUUAUAAUAUGAACAACGGAUGCAUCUAACUAAUAUUUCGUCAUGUAAAAAAUAAUUGAAACCACGGCGUUAUUUCCUAAAAAAAAAUUCACGAAUUCUAUUCUAUUCAAUUCCAAUCCUAUUGAACCCCUUGCACAGCCUAACGAAAAGUAUACCAGCGCGCCACCUAUAUCUCAGUGGCGCAUGUGGAUUGCCAAUGGCUUCAUCGUUCAUCGACAGAGUCAUCAACACGCCCAAUUGAUUUAGAAAAGGGAUCCCGUCCGUAGGCGCGCUUCUUAGUUACCAGCUGAUAAUCGAACAACGUUAAACUAGUUAGCAGUCAGUUCGACUUUGCGAGUGCGCGAUUUUACUAUAAUUAAUUAAGUUGAAUAGUUUAGUGAGUCAAAUAAAAUAAACUAAGUAUAAUAGUACCUGGAAACUA